AGGGUGCGAGUUGUCAGUGGAGUGUUUUGAAAAAAAAUCUCGAAAAAAAAAUCGGAUUUUUCGGUGGAUUUUAGGAUUUUUGGGGAGUAGCACCGAUUUCUCGGCGGAAUAUCGCCCUUCCGCAUCCCGGUUGCGGUUUUAAUAAGUUGGAACGACCGUUAGCUUGCUAGGUGUUCCAGCCCGAAACUCCUGUAAAGAUGGUCGUUACGAAAGAUACCUAUCUUCCGCCGGAGGAAGAGCUGACCGUACCGGAGAUUAAUCUGUCCGGACCCGCGCUACGGGCCGGGGCCUUCCAUCUCGGCAAGUACUGUGAAGCGGCAAAUAAUGAAUUUAUGCUGUGCCGCCAGGAGCUGGGCGAUCCGAGAGCGUGUAUCAACGAGGGCAAAGCCGUUACCAACUGUGCGUUCGAGUUUUUCCGUCAGCUGAAGAAGACCUGUGCCCAAGAGUUUAGCCAGUACGCCAACUGUCUGGACAAGAGCAGCGGUGAUCUGGAGUUCAAGCACUGCCGCAAGACACAAGGCGUGUACGACAAGUGUGUUUUCGAUAAUCUGCAGAUUGAGCGUCCCGACUAUGGUUACUUCUGUCGCGCGAAGGUGCACGCUACCGAGCGCCCACCACCACCGAAGAAGGAAAAGGUUGUCUACCCAGAUGCCACUCCGGGCCUGCCGGAAGAUUACCCACGCGAACCAGCCAAGUAUGGUUCUCGGUUCCACUGGCUGAACUAGAGGGAAAUGGAUCGAGAAUGGGCAGAUGGUUAAGAUUGGACGUCAUCGCCAAGGGUAUCGUGGCUAGUGGCGGUCUUGUAGAUAAGCAAUGAUGUCUUUCUCGCUGCGUGAUACACGGUAGUGCGGAAAACGUACAAGGACAUCAUCGAAAUCGUUUCUUUAGCUACAGUAAAGGCAUUGCUGAACACAA